CAAAGAGAGAAAGGUUCAAGUGCCUUACGACUUAGUAGUUAUCAAAAAGAAAUUGAAAAUCAAAAAAAGGAAUUAGACAAUGAUUAUAAACGUAUAGCGUCAUUACGUGAUAAUAUUCGUUCACGUAGAGUUGCUUUAGAGGAUGCCAAGAAGCGAUAUCAGAAUGAAAAUGAAUAUUUGGAGGAAAGCUACAAGAUAUUGGAACGAGAUCGGUUGAAGGUCGUAUUGAAUCGGGUUGAUCUUAUUAGCGAAGCUUUAUUUGAAACCUCUACGCAAUUAUUUGCUCGUCGACGAGAAUUGAUUUCUGAUUUGUCUAACAUAUAUCCUUUGGAACAUGCUCCAGAAAUAUCGCCAUUCUCAUACAAAAUAUUUGGUUGUGAUGAAGAAAAAAUUGCUACAGCACUUGGAUUUGCUGCACAUUUUGUUCAAAUGUUAGCAUAUUACCUAGAUACUCCAUUAAGAUUUCCAAUAACUCCUAUGUCAUCAAGAUCCACAAUUUUGGAUCCAAUAACAGUUUCUCUUAUUACUUCAAGACAAUAUCCUUUGUAUUCAAAAGGAGUUGACCGCAAUGGAUUUGAAUAUGCUGUUUAUUUACUUAAUAAAAACAUUGAACAAUUGAUGUAUUCACAAGAAUUAUAUUAUCUAAUGGAUUUAAGGCAUACACUUCCAAAUUUAACUUACUUAAAAUUAAGUCUAUGUUCAACAUCUACAAGUCAGAUUUCACAUCUACGUAAAACAAUACCUCAUAAAUGUACCAUUGAUCAUCCUUUCAAUGAAAUAAAUUCAAGUAAUAGCAAAAAUAACAACGAAAAUAACAAUAGGUCAUCAUCAAAAGAAUCAUUAAACAACAACAAUAAUAUAUCAAAGGCAAAGAUGGCUUCACAUCAAAAAACAAAUGCUGAAUUUAGGUUAGGAGUGACAUAA